AAUCUAUCAAACAAUAGCUUGAUCGGGGAGAUGCUUCCAAAAAUAUUGUAAUAUGACACAACUGAGAUGGUUAUUACUGCACAACAAUCAGUUCAAUGGGAAUUUGCCAGUGUGUUUAUUGAGCGGUCUGUCUUUGAUGCUGCUAGAUAUAAUAAAAAACUUGCUGUCCGGAACUAUUUCAGGCCAACUACUUGUUUUCAAGCAACUAGGAGCAUUUCUUUUGGGAGGAAAUGAUUUCGGAGGGUACAUUCCCAGGCAACUUUGCACAACGCAAAAAUUGCAAUUCUUAGAUUUUUCCAAAAACAGCUUCUCUGGGAACGUUCCUUCUUGCCUUGGAAACAAUUUAGUCUGGAGAAAGAAGUUUCAAGCAGACUCUUGGGUUCCAAUUGAUUUCACCACUAAGGGCAAUUCGUAUUCUUUCCAAGGUAUUCCUCUCACUCUUAUGACUAGUAUUGAUUUCUCAGAUAACCAGUUAGGCUGUGAGAUUCCUGUUGAAAUUGCUGAAUUAUCUGAACUCCAUUCUUUGAACGUGUCUCACAAUCUUUUCAUCGGUCAUAUUCCAACAUCCUUCCAAAACCUCUCAAAUUUGGAGAGUUUAGACCUCUCCCACAACAGACUAACAGGACCUAUACCUCCUCAGAUUGUCCAAAUCAAGUACCUUGGAACUUUUAGUGUUGCCUUUAAUGACCUUGUUGGAAUAGGCCUAACAGGCCCAACACCCAAACAGGGCUGAGGUCGCCCUCCAAGAAAUGAGAUGGACGAACAGGAGGACGCCCAAGCAUCUGAGCCCGACUUGAAUGACUUCAGGCCAAUGCCAAGAAAUCUUUUUGUAGGGGGAGCCGAACAGGAUCACCUAAGCGAAAUGGAUGAUGAUGAAAGAACACCAACGUGGUAUGCAACCCAGCCGGAACAGUUCCAAGCUCCAACAGGAACAAGAUCAAGACCUUCUAGACCAUACAAUUCACAGCGCGAACGACCUAAAAGGUCAACAGAACCUGCUCGGACUACCGAGCUCGAAGAGAGAACCAGAAUUCUGGAAAUGGCAAUGGGUAAAAUCCUUGCCCGCCUGAUUCCAGACGAUCCCCUGAUUCCUUUGUUGAACCGGGAUGCACAACCAGCUACGGUUGUUGCAACUCGAAAUUCCCCCGCUCUAAGCAACGUAGUGGUGCCGACCAGGCCAAGGGGAAGUGGGAAGUUGAAUAACGAACCCAGCUCGUCCAAGCAUAAUGAAGAAUUGAUGAGAAAAAACGCAGACCUUGAAAGGCAGCUGCGGGACGUACAGAAGUCCAUUGACGAGCUGAAAAGUCCCAGGUCGCACCAACAAACCCUUGAUUUGGAUAGUGCUCCAUUGAACUUAUCCAUCAUAGUGGAACCAUAUCAAGAGGGAUUCAAGAUUCCUCACCUGGAGACAUAUGAUGGCUCGGGUGACCCAGAUGAACAUCUGCACACCUAUCAAGCCAUCAUGAGAAUCCAAAAUGCUAAUGAUGCCAUGAUGUGCAAAGUGUUCCCAACGACACUGAAAUCAACAGCCAGGAGAUGGUAUCACAAGCUCCCCAGACAUUCUAUAGACUCAUACUCCCAGCUCACCAAGCUAUUCUCUAACAAAUUCGCGAGCCAGAGAGAGAUCAAACGCACAGCAACCGAGCUGAUGCAAGUCAAUCAAAAGGAAGGGGAAUCUCUGAGGGACUAUAUGCAGCGAUUCAACAAAGCUACUUUGGACAUUGAUAACGUCCCAGAUACCAUCUGCCUGUCCACCUUGCUACAUGGUCUGAAGCGUGGCAGUUUCUUGGACGACCUCCUAGAAAACCCACCGAGAACUUGGAACGAGGUGAAUGACAGGUCGGCUAGCUUCAUAUUAUCAGAAGACUUCCAAUCGUCCAAGCGACGAGCCAACGAUAAACAGAACAAAAGCCAGGAACAGCCACCGAGAAGGGAAGAGAAAAAGAAGCAGAAAGUCAACGAGCAGUGGGGGAAGCCCGCUGACUUCCCCAAGUAUGCUAAUUACAUUCCUUUAACCUUGCCCAGGUCCCAAAUCCUUGCACAAAUACAACACUGGGUUAGAAGACCCCCACCCCCACUGUAUGAGUCCCCAAGGGCGAACAAGAGCAAGCAUUGUGACUGCCAUCGUACUUAUGGUCACAACACAAAAGACUGCCAACAUCUGAAGGACGAACUGGGGUUCCUGGCUCGCAAUGGGAAAUUAGAAGGAUAUGUUCAGAAGCCUCACGCCCAGCAACCCACUCAAACUCAUUUUGUACAAGGGGCAUACAGAGGGCGUCCGUUCAACAAAAGAGGACAGGGGCAGAGGGCUGCUGCCCAGAACCAAAAGGAUAAGAAAGGGGUAGGCUAUGCUGGGAUACCUCCGCCCUCGGGUACAAUAAACAUGAUAUCAGGUGGUGUUCACUCUGGGGGCCAAAGCGCCCGAGCUCGCAAGGCAUAUGCCCGACAGGUGAUGACUGUUAACAAAAAUAAACCCUUGAAGCAGCUGUUUGAAGAAGCAGAAUGGGAGAAUACGCCUAUCACAUUCAGCCCGGCAGAUUACAAGCGAGCAGAGGGAGAGCCCGACAUUAUGAUGCCCUAUGCAGAUCCCUUUGUGGCAACGGUUCAUAUAGGCAAUCAUAAUGUCAAUAAAGUGUUCAUUGACACUGGCAGUUCACCAGAUAUCCUGUAUUGGAGUUGCUUCCAGAAGAUGCAACUAAAUCCAAGCUCGCUGCAGAAACACGAAGGCCCAAUAUACGGGUUCGAUAACCAGCCCGUCCCGGUUGAGGGAGUUAUUACUCUUCCCAUAUAUGUGGGCUCAGAACCGCGCUUCAGGAUGGCUUCCGUCACCUUCCUGGUCGUGAAGAUGGAAUCAGCUUUCAAUGCUAUAUUAGGAAGAGCCACUCUGUGCGAGCUGAAGGCUGUUAUCACACAGCCCCAUCUCUGUAUGAAAUUCCCAACUCCUCAGGGGGUAGGAGUGCUGAAAGGGAAUCAGAAGAUGGCUAGAGCAUGUUAUCAAGACACGUUCAAGAAGGUCGAGCUCACCGCAGCCCCGGCGAGUGCUGAAGGUCGCAAGCCAACCCAGCUCGGUCAACAGACAAUGAGUAUAUCUGACAUUAAGCAUCGACCUAAGAGCGUUGACGUUGAGCAGAAGGUAGAGCCAGUAGAGCCAGUGGAAACGGUGCCUUUAAACCCGGAUGUGCCGGAGAGAACAGUGAAGAUCGGCACUAAACUCACAGGGGAAGAACGGGCAGAACUUCUGGAAUUCCUGAGGAAUAAUCAGGACGUAUUUGCGUGGACUACGGACGAAAUGCCCAGCAUUCCGGCAGAGUUGACAGUCCACAAGCUCAGCACAGACCCCACCAAAAGGCCAGUGGUUCAAAAACGUUGCCUUUUUGGCCUCGAGAAGCAAGCUGCCAUUGACGAAGAGAUACAAAAGUUGUUGCAGGCAGGCUUCAUCAGAAGAGUCGAGUACUCUGAAUGGGUGUCCAAACCUGUGCUCGUCAAAAAGCCAAAUGGCAAGUGGAGGAUGUGUAUUGAUUUCACCAACCUCAAUGAUGCGUGUCCAAAAGACCCUCAUCCCUUGCCAAACGUCGAGAAGUUAGUAGAACGGGCAGCAGGACAUGAACGGAUGAGUUUUCUUGACGCCAGCUCAGGUUACCACCAAGUCCAACUGUCGCUAGACGACCAGGAAAAAACAACUUUUUACGCUGGUGACGCAAUCUACUGCUAUGUCAUGAUGCCGUUCAGCCUCAAAAAUGCUGGAGCAACAUACCAGAAGCUGGUGCAAAUUAUCUUUAAGCUCCAGAUCGGCAGAAACAUAGAAGUGUAUGUAGAUGACAUGAUAGUCACCAGCGUGCGAGCUGAGGAUCACAUCGACGACCUGGAUGAAACUUUUCUAAACUUACGCCGAGCCCAAAUGAAGCUGAAUCCCUUGAAAUGCACGUUUGCUAUGGAAUCGGGGAAAUUCCUAGGGUACGUGGUAUCCAAGAAAGGAAUCGAAGUAAAUCCAGAGAAGGUACAGGCCGUUCAGCAGAUGGAACCUCCCAACACAGUAAAAGACGUACAGCGUCCGACAGGUCGGGUAGCUGCGUUGCACAGGUUUAUAGCCAGAUCGGCAGAAAGGUGCCUUCCCUUCUUCAAAGCUCUACGGGAGCCUAAAAACUUCCAGUGGACUGAUGAAUGUCAACAAGCGUUUGACGAGCUCAAACAAUAUUUGGCAUCCGCACCCCUGCUGUCCAAGCCUGUCGAUGGGGAAUGUUUAUAUCUUUAUCUGGGGGUCACAGAAGAAGCAGUAAGUUCAGUGCUACUGAAAGAAGAGAAUAAGAAUCAGAAGCUUAUCUGCUACGUGAGCAAAGUGUUACAAGGUGCCGAGCAAAACUACCCGCUAGCAAAAAAGGCUGCUUUUGCUUUGGUCUGCACAGCUCGUAAGCUGAGAGCUUAUUUUCAGUCUCAUCAGAUUGUUGUUUAUACUGAUUUCCCACUAAGGAAAAUAUUGCAGAAGCCAGAACUCUCUGGUCGGCUCAUCGGAUGGAGUGUCGAGCUGAGUGAGUAUGACCUCAAAUUUCAACCGCGCACGACUGUAAAAGGUCAAGCCAUGGCAGACUUCUUGGUAGAAUGUGCCCUGGCGACUGUGAAAGAAAAGGCACCUAAGUACCCAGUUUGGGUUUUGUACGUAGACGGAGCUGCUAAUGUCGACGGAUCGGGUGCUGGAGCUGUGCUACUGGGCCCUGAUGGCUUUAAAUCCGAGCAUGCGUUGAGGUUUAAGUUCCAAACAACCAAUAAUGCUGCAGAGUAUGAAGCCCUCAUUUAUGGAUUGAAGCUGGCGUCCGAGCUGAAGGUACAGAACAUUCAAGUCUUCAGCGACUCUCAGCUCGUGGUAGGCCAGAUCGACAAAAUACCAAGAGCAGACAACCACCGAGCUGACGAGCUAUCAAAGUUGGCCUCCUUGCGGGACUUUAACCCUAAGAGGUCAACCAUCGUCGAAGUGCUGGACGCCCUAAGCUAUACUGAUUUCACGGUCGAGUGUCAACUGCUAAGCAGGGAUCCCUCUACAUCGAGCUGGACUACCCCACUCAUAAAUUAUUUGCAAGGUGGCGAGCUGCCUGAAGAUCCGUCCGCCGCGAAAUUGAUUAAACGAAGGGCAGCACAUUUCACUUUGUUAGAUAACCAGCUCUACAAACGAGCAGCCUCAAUGCCCUUAUUACGCUGCCUUACUCCUUACGAAGCUGAAUACGCCGUGAGAGAAGUUCACGAAGGAGUAUGUGGCACGCACAUCGGUGGCAAAACUUUAGCUCGGAAACUCCUGAGGCAUGGGUAUUACUGGCCCACCAUGGUCGAGGACGCGCAAAGCUAUGUUAGAAAAUGUCCGACCUGCCAGUUCAAUGCUGAUGAUAUACACAUGCCAAGGGAAAUGCUAUCGUCUCUCACGUCUCCCCGACCCUUUGCUCAAUGGGGUGUCGACCUGCUCGGCCCUUUUAUCAAAGGCAAAGGAGGAUGCACUUUCCUGAUCGUUGCAGUGGAUUACUUCACUAAGUGGAUAGAAGCUAAACCGCUGUCCACGACAACAGAAAGGAAAAUAGAAGAAUUCUUGUUCAAUUCAAUAUUGUGCAGGUUCGGCAUACCUAAGCGGAUUAUCGUUGACAAUGGGCCGCAGUUCCGAGCAGCAGCACUAAGAUCGUUUUGUAACGACUAUGGCAUUGAGCUCGCGUUGACGUCCAUGUAUACUACACAGUCCAACGGACAAGCCGAGUCCGCCAAUAAAAUCGUCUUGCGAGGCCUCAAGACACGCGUUUUGGCUACACAUUCUAGUUGGGUCGACAAGCUCAACAAAGUGCUUUGGUCAUGUCGUACUACUCCCAGCUCGGCCACGGGCGAAACCCCCUUCAGCCUGGCCUAUGAAGCUGAGGCCAUCAUCCCGGUAGAGGUGGGAUUGCCAUCUGAUCGAGCAGGCUAGCAUGACGAUCUCAACAAUGAGCAACUGUUGAGAGAAAACCUAGACUUCGUGGAAGAGGUCAGGGAGAUGUCUAGAAUAAGAAACAUGGCGCAUCAAAGUCGUGUUGCAAAGUUUUACAAUAAAAGAGUUCGAGCUCG